GGGGCGCUGCCUCGGCGCCAUUUUGUGUGCCUGCCCGUGGGGCGCGGGGCCGGGCCGGGCCUGGGCCGCCCCCCGCUGUACAGUGACUGUGCCCCCGUUCCCCCCCCCAGCCCUCCGACACCCCUUUCCCCAUGGCCGUGGAGAGCCCGAGUGUCCCCCCCGCCGCCGCCGCCUCCCCCCCCAGCCCGCAUUCCACUCCCCCUUCUCCGUCCUGCCACCACCACGACAGCGGCAGCUGCAGCCUCCCCCGGCCGCCGCCGCCGCUCCAACACCACCACGGCCCGGACGAAAGGGAGGAUGGGGAGCUGGAGGAGGGCGAGCUGGAGGACGAUGGAGGGGAGGAGGCGCAGGAUCCCGCCGAAUCCCAGGAGCGGGGUCGGAAGGAGAAGGGGGAGAAGCACCACAGCGACUCGGAGGAGGAGAAAUCCCAUCGGCGCAUGAAGCGCAAGCGCCGGAAAGAACGGGAGAAGGAGAAGAGGAGAUCCAAGAAGAAGAGGAAAUCCAAGCACAAGCGCCACGCGUCUUCCAGCGACGACUUCUCGGACUACAGCGAGGACUCGGACUUCAGCCCUGGGGAGAAGGGCCACAGGAAGUACCGGGAAUACAGCCCACCCUAUGCUUCCUCCCACCAGCAGUAUCCGUCCUCUCACAGCGCUCCCAUGCCAAAGAAGAGCUAUUCCAAGCUGGAGAGCAAGAACUAUGGCAUGUACGAGGACUACGAGAACGAGGAGUACGCUCCGUACGAGGGAGAGGAGGAUGAAGACCUGGGCAAGGAGGACUAUGAUGACUUUGUGAAGGAGCUCAACCAGUACCGAAGGGUCAAGGAGGGCUCCCACCGUGGCCGAGGAGGCCGGGGCCGGGGCCGCGGGUACCGGGGCCGUGGUGGCCGCGGCGGGAUGCGAGGCCGGGGCCUGGGCCGGGGCAGCCGGGGCCGGGGCCGGGGCGAGCCCCCCGAGGAGGAGGAGGAGCUGUACGAGGAGGAGAUGGAGUACUGCGACGCCGAGGAGCCCCUCGACGAGGACGACUACAUGAAAGAGCUCAACCAGUACCGCAGGAGCAAGGAGAGCCGCGGCCGCGGUUUGAACCGAGGCCGUGGCCGUGGCCCCAGAGGAAGAGGGAACAAAGGGAUGGGCCGAGGCCGGGGCCGAGGUGGGAGCAGGAGCGGGAUGGGGAAAGGUGGUGGCAUGAACGAAGAUGACGAUUACUACGACGAGGACAUGGGGGACGGCGGCGGCGGUGGGAAUUACCGCCGGAACGACCACGACAAACCCCACCAGCAGGCGGACAAGAAGGGCAAAGUGAUCUGCAAGUACUUCGUGGAGGGCCGGUGUACCUGGGGCGACCACUGCAACUUCAGCCACGACAUCGAACUGCCAAAGAAACGGGAGCUCUGCAAGUUCUACAUCACCGGCUACUGCGCCCGCGCGGAGAACUGCCCCUACAUGCACGGGGACUUCCCGUGUAAGCUCUUCCACACCACGGGCAACUGCAUCAACGGCGAUGACUGCAUGUUCUCCCACGAGCCGCUCACCGAGGAGACCCGGGAGCUGCUGGACAAGAUGCUGGCGGAUGACGCGGAAGCGGGGGCCGAGGACGAGAAGGAGGUGGAAGAGCUCAAGAAACAAGGGAUUAACCCCCUGCCCAAGCCCCCCCCGGGGGUCGGGCUGCUCCCAACGCCUCCCCGGCCCCCCGGCCCCCCAGCGCCAACGUCUCCCAAUGGGAGGCCGAUGCCUGGGGGUCCCCCCCCGCCGCCCCCCCCGCCGUUGCCCCCCCCAGGGCCGCAGCUGCCCCCGCCGCUGCACGAGCCGCUGUCCCCGCAGCAGCUCCAGCAGCAGCAGGACAUGUACAAGAAGAUCCCGUCGCUCUUCGAGAUCGUGGUGAGACCCACGGGGCAGCUGGCGGAGAAGCUGGGAGUCAGGCACCCAGGUCCACCCCCCCCGAGAUUCCCUGGACCAGGAGGACCCCCAGGACCGAUGGGGCCUGGACCCAUGCACCCCGACAUGCACCCGGAUAUGCAUCCUGACAUGCAUCCCGACAUGCAUCCCGACAUGCAUCCCGACAUGCACCCGGAUAUGCACCCGGAUAUGCACCCGGACAUGCCGAUGGGCCCCGGGAUGAAUCCCGGCCCCCCCAUGGGUCCCGGCCCCCCCAUGAUGCCCUAUGGGCCGGAUGAUUCCCCACAUUCCGGAAUGAUGCCGCCCGGGCCACCCGGCCAGGGCUUCUAUGAUAACUUCUACCAGCAGCAAGAAGGGCUGGAGAUGGAUCAUGGAAUGAUGGGAGACCCAGAUGACUACGGAGGCUACGAGGACCUGGAAGGGCCCCCGGGAGAGCACAUGUUCCCUGAUCCUUCCUUGGAUCACGAUGCCCUGUGUGAAGGAGGCCCCCCCGGCCUCCCCAAGCCUCCGGGCAGCAUUCCCGACUUCCUGCCCUCGGCACAGAGGGCUCUUUACCUGAGGAUCCAGCAGAAGCAGCAGGAGGAGGAGGAGAGGGCUCGGAGGCUGGAGAGCAGCAAGCAGGAGCGCGAGAACGAGGAAGGCGAUCCCGGGAACUGGUAUUCCAGCGACGAGGACGAGGGCGGGAGCAGCGUCACCUCCAUCCUGAAAUCCCUGCGGCAGCAGAGCUCCGGGAAUGCCGCGCGCCCACACAAGGGCCAGGCCGGGGGCAGCGCCCGCCCGGCCGACCCACGCUGCGGGAUCCCGCGCCUGUCCCGGAAUGCCGAGCCCUCCGGAGAGCCGGGACCCUCCGACCCCCGCCUCGCCCGCCACAUUCCCUCCGCCAUUCCCAAACCCGAGCCUCAUUCCAGCGCCGGCAGCGGGCAGAAGCCCCCUCUGCUUCCCGACGAGGAGGAAGGGGAACGGGCUCUCCGGGAUAAGCCCAUCAGUAUCCCUUUGGAUGCUCUUCCCGGCCAUUCCCUGCGGGAUCCCCGCUCCCAGCUCCAGCAGUUCAGCCACAUCAAGAAGGACGUUGUCCUCAACAAGCCCAACUUUGCCCGGAUGAUCCUAUGGAGCCCCGAGGAUCUGAUCCCGCUCCCCAUCCCGAAGCAGGAAUUCAUCCCCGUCCCGGCCGCCCUUCAAUCCAUGCCCGCCCUGGAUCCGCGCCUCAACAGAUCCCAAGCAUCCCUGUCGGAUCCCAGGCAGCGAGCGGGAAGCGCGCAGGGAGAUGCCAACUCCUCGGGAUCAGGAUCGGGGCUCCCGGAUUUCGAGCUCUUAUCCCGCAUCCUAAAGACGGUGUCGGCGGGUGGGAGCCCCCAGAGCGACAAACCCAGCGACCCGCGGGUGCGCAAAGCUCCCGCCGAUCCCAGGCUGCACAAAUCCAUGGAUCCAGCGGCAUCCCGAGCUUCCAAAGCCAUGGAGCAGGCGCCGGGGGGUGAAGCGGCUCCGGCCAUCGCCUAUGACCCGCGGCUGCUGACGGGCACCGGGGCAAGCAGCGUCCUCAGCGCCAUCAGCCUCUAUGAUCCCAGAACUCCCAACUCGGGCGGCAAAGCCUCCGAGCCCCUUCCCGAGGGAUCAUCCAAAGCCUCGGAAUGCGGGAAACCCCCCGCCAAAGCCAAGGAGCCGCUUUUUGUCCGCCGUUCCGCUCUGGAGCAGCCCGAAGCCGAGAGAGGAAGCGGCGAAGCCAGCACGGACAGAUACAACAGCUACAACCGCCCGCGGCCCAAAGCCGCCGGGAGCGGCCCCGGAAUGCCACCGGCAGCGGGACGGAUCCCGCUGCUUCCCCAACCCGGGGUGCACAACCUCCCGGUGCCCCCGUGUACGGGAUGGUGAAAACAGAGCUCAAAUCGGGAGCCGGGAGCCCCUUUGCCGGGAAUAAGCCCGGCGCAGGACAGCGAGCAGCAGGACGCCGCUUCCCUCAAGGAUGUCUUCAAGGGCUUCGACCCCACGGCGUCCCCCUUCUGCCAGUAGAAUCCCAACGAUUCCCAACCUUCCCGGCACCGCUCGGGGGGGGAUUGGGGUGUUCUUUUGGUUCUUUGCCAUUUAUUUGAAGCCCAUUAGCGCUCACUUUAGCCGUAGGUCCUGUAUAUAACCCCCACCCCCCCCCCUUCCCGCCGGAAUUCCAGAGGUUUCCCCCCUCCAACCAUGUUUUCCAAGAGAAAUCAACGUUUCCUCCGUGCUACAAAGCGGCGUUUCCAUCGUUUUCCUGCUUUUCCACACCCCCCCCCCCCUCCCAAAACCACCCCUGAUCAACAGCAUCCGGGGGGGGAAAAAUCGGGAAUACUCAACUUCCACAUCCCAAUCCAGCCCUUCCAGCGGUGGGAUUGGGCAUCUCCCCCUUCCCAAAGCCGCACUUCCCACCAUUCCCACCUUUUUCUACAAUCCUUAAGGGGGCAACCAGGGCAAAAACCCCCCGGAAAGGUGGGAAAUGGGCUUUGGAUCCAUCACUUCCCGGUUGCAUCCUGGGGUUUUUUAGCGGAAUUCCAUGAUUUUUACACUUUGGGAUUCUCGGGCUAUUUCCAACACCCCCCCCCACCCCCAAAAAAAUGAGCCAAAAGAAGGGAAAAAAGAGAAGGAAAAGAAGUUUCUAUCCUUGACAUUAAAUUAUUCCGCUCCCGUUCCUUUGCUCCUGCGGGAUUUUGCAGCUGGAAAAGAGGGAUUUGGGGGGGGCUUCCCCCCCAAAAGAGGCCGGACAAGGAAUUUGGCUCCAAAGUGGUGUCUUCCCCAUGGAUUUGGAGGUGAAGCCCCACAACCCCCUGGACCAGGCGGGUUUGGGGGGUCCGGGGGGGUUCCGGAGCCGUUGUAAUAAAGGUGUAAAUACCGGUGGGAGUCGA